AUGCUGCUUUCCCUGUGCACCUGUUUCCUCUGGCUAUCCACCAGUGACCUCUGGACCGUCCAGGCUCAGGACCCCGACACCGAUGUGAGCACAAGGAGCCCUCACCGGGACUUGGCUCCAAACAAUGUUGACUUUGCCUUUACCCUAUAUAGGCAUCUAGUGGCUUCAGCUCCUGGCAAGAACGUCUUCAUCUCUCCCUUGAGCAUCUCCAUGGCCUUAGCUAUGUUGUCCCUGGGCGCCCGUGGCUACACACGGGCCCAGCUUCUCCAGGGCCUGGGCUUCAACCUCACCAAGACAUCCGAAGCUGAGAUCCACCAGGGUUUUCAGCACCUGAACCACAUCCACAAGGAGUCAGAUGCCACACUGGAGAUGGCUAUGGGUAACGCCUUGUUCCUUGACCGCAGCCUGGAGCUGCUGGAGUCGUUCUCGGCAGACAGCAAGCACUACUAUGGGUUGGAGAUCUUGGCUACAGAUUUCGAGGACUGGGCUGGAGCCAGCAGACAAAUCAAUGAGUACAUCGAAAAUAAGACCCAUGGGAAAAUUGUGAACUUGUUAUCGAAGCUGGAGAGUUCAGCCACGCUCGUCCUGGUCAACUACAUCUUCUUCAAAGGCACGUGGGCACAGCCCUUCGACCCGGAAAGCACCAGGGAGGAGAACUUCUAUGUGAACGAGAGCACCGUGGUGACCGUGCCCACGAUGUUCCAGUCGAGCCCCAUCAAGUACCUGAAAGACCGGGUGCUCCCCUGCCAGCUGGUACAGCUGGACUACACGGGCAACGGGACCGUCUUCUUCAUCCUCCCAGACGAGGGGAAGAUGGACACAGUCAUCGCCGCGCUGAGCAGGGACACCAUUCAGAGGUGGUCUGAGUCGCUGACCAUCAGCCAGGUGGACCUACACGUCCCAAAGGUGUCCAUCUCUGGAGACUACGACCUCAGGGCCAUCCUGAGGGGCAUGGGCAUUGCAGACUGGGUCAACAACGGGGCGGAUUUCUCCGGCAUCACCCGAGAGGCCCAGCUGAAGGCGUUGAAGGUGGUCCACAAGGCUAUGCUGCAGCUGAGUGAGAGCGGCCUGGAGGCAGCUGCCCCCUCCGGGCUCAUGCCCAACGCGGCGUCCAAGCCCCUUGCCGUCCACAUCAACCGGCCCUUCAUUGUCAUGAUCUUCGACCACUUCACGUGGAGCAGCCUUUUCCUGGGCAGGGUUAUGAAUCCGACCUAACGGGGCGUCCCCCGGGGAGUCCCAGCACCGGCUGACUCUGCGCUCAGGGACUCCACAGACACGCUCUGGGCAGGGGGAGGGCCCCCCAGUCUUCUCCAGGCUCUUCUGUAGUGGGACAGGUGACAAACUGGGAUUGACCGUAAUGAAACAUUGUGCCACUGUA